CGUUGAUUCUUCCCACGAUCUGGCAACUCGGCGACGAAGUCUCGUAAACUGAAUUUGCCAGGCAAUUAAUUAAAUUAAUUGGUGUGCUUGCAGUCGUAAAGCAAUGAUAUGCCGCCUCUGCCUGGACGAUGCGGAGCACAGCGUGCCAAUCUUCGACCAUGAGGACACCUCCGAUCAAUUGGCGCCCUCCAAUCUGGCGGAGCUUAUUGAGAAGCACUUGCAGCUGGUGCUCCUGCCCAACGAUGCCGUGUCCAAGUGUCUGUGUACCCAGUGUUGGCAGCAGUUGGCCGACUUUGAACAGUUCUGCUCCAUGGUAAUGAAGAAGCAGCUGGGCCUGCAGCAACUUAAGAUCGAGCCCUUUUCGGAGGACGAGGACCCGGACACCAAGGCCCAAAUUUUGUGUGAGCCUGAGAUCGACGUAAGUCCUGCUGCGGCAGACAACGAGGAGUGCAACGAGAUCGAUGGUGAUGCCAGCAGCAGCAGGAGCAGCAGCUGUCGGACAACCACACGGCAAAAGAUGCGCUUGCCUUCGCCCAUCAGGCGCAGCAUGCGGCCGCGCGCAGCCACAGCCCCCAAGAGCCGGAUCGUAAAGGCCAAGGCCAAGACGAAGCGCCACCAAACGGAGGAGGCGGACGAGGAUGAGGACGCCGAGGGCGAUCCCGAGAGCCGGAGCAGCAAUAGUCGGGAAAUGGACAGCUAUAUUGCCUUGCACGGUCGCCUGGAGUGCUGCAUGUGCGGCAGCGACGAUCAGUUCCAGAGCUUUGCCGAGAUGAAGAGGCACUUCCGCAACCAGCACCAGUCCGCCGGAUACGUUGUCUGCUGCCAGCGGCGCUACAAAAAGCGGGCCCUCUACGUGGACCACCUUCGCAUGCACAACGAUCCAGACUACUUUAGGUGCAAGAUCUGCUCCAAGCAGCUGGUCAGCCGGAUUAGCUACGAUGUGCACAUGCUGCGCUUUCACUCCAACGAGGACGAACUGAGCUUUGCUUGCGACCAGUGCUCCAAGCGGUUCUCCAAACAGUUCCUGCUCACCAUCCACUCCAGGGUACAUCAGCAGGAGCGAAAGGAGCAAUGCAAGCACUGCGACAGAUCCUUUCGAACCGCCGUGGACCUGCGACUGCACAUGCGACGCACCCAUGACCCCGCCUUCGUGCCCUUCAUCUGCGACUCAUGCGGCGCCAAGUUCAAGACGAAGCAAAACCUGCUGGUGCACAAGCGCACCGUUCACCGCGAGGGCUCCCAGCUGCCGGAGGUGCAGUGCCAGGAGUGUCAGGUGUGGCUGUCCGACGAGAACAGCCUGCGAAAGCACAUGUACAUGCACCUGGACGCCGCCUCGCUCCGCCAGUGGAGGUGCGAGCAGUGCGGUCUGGAGAAGGGCUCGCGGGCGAAGCUGGCGGCCCACAUCCGCUACCACCACCCGAAGGAGUACUACAAGUGCACGCACUGCGGCAAGGAGUUCAAGAGCAGCCGGGGCCUCGAAGAGCACACGGCCACCCACACCGGGCAGGAUCUGUACGAGUGCGCCUUCUGCGAGCGCACCUUCAAGAACUCGGGCAACAUGCACAAGCACCGCCGCCAGAUGCACGCCGCCCAGGUGGCCGCCCUGCAGCAGCAGAGGAAGGUGCGGCCCAGCAAGCGCAAGGACAAGGGCGACCUGCUGCUCGACGUCCUGGCCGCCGGCGGAAAGGAACUGGACCACGCCAUGGAUGUGGGCGUCAUGAAUGACUGAUCGAUUCCAAAAACUAAAUAAACGCAUGGGGAAUGAUAUACAAA